AGUUUCGAUUCAACUGUUGCACCUUAACUUACUAUCAAAAUAGUAGUGAUUCUUGACGACCGACAGUCGUCAAACGGUCGUGCGCUCUCAUCUCUCCUGUGAUCUAACAUUACAUGACGGUUUUUUUUUAAUAAAAUAGACUAGGAUAAAAGGAAAACCAUGGCUGAAGACGACGUAAAUAGCGAGGACGGUAACGAUCUAAACACAAAAUUCGGUUUACGGUUACGCGGUAGGAAAGGGGCUCUCAAGAAGAAAAAUGUUUAUCAAAUCAAAGAUCAUCACUUCAUACCGAGAUUCUUUAAACAACCGACAUUCUGCUCUCAUUGCAAAGAUUUUAUAUGGGGAUUUGGAAAACAAGGAUUUCAGUGUCAAGUGUGCAGUUUCGUCGUUCAUAAGAGAUGCCACGAAUAUGUCUCGUUUACUUGUCCUGGAGUUGACAAGGGAGCAGAUUCAGAUGACACCCGAACUAAACACAACUUUAAAGUGCAUACAUACUCAUCUCCUACAUUUUGUGACCAUUGUGGUUCUCUAUUAUACGGCGUAAUUCAUCAAGGAAUGAAAUGCUCAGCAUGUGAUAUGAACGUUCAUAAACGAUGUGAAGAAAGCGUUCCAAAUUUGUGUGGUUGUGAUCAUACCGAACGUAGAGGAAGAAUACAAUUGAAAAUAAAUUGUUCUGGGAAUAAGCUGACCAUUGAAGUUAUGCAGGGCAAAAAUCUAAUACCGAUGGAUCCGAACGGCUUGAGCGAUCCAUACGUCAAACUGAAGCUUAUUCCGGACUCUGACAACGUCAAAAAGAAAACGAAAACAAUCAAAGCCAGUCUCAACCCUGUUUGGAACGAGACUAUAACCUUCGAUCUGAAAUCGGAAGACAAAGACAGGAGACUUCUAAUAGAAGUGUGGGAUUGGGAUAGAACAUCCAGAAAUGACUUUAUGGGCUCUCUAUCAUUUGGUAUAUCGGAGAUCCUCAAAGCCCCUGCCAAUGGUUGGUUUAAGCUUCUCACGCAAGAAGAAGGAGAAUUUUAUAAUGUACCUGUUCCGGAAGAAGGUGUUGAGAUGAUCACUCUGAAAAAUCAGCAAAGGAAAACAUCUAUUACAAAAAAACCUUCGAUUAUGGUAGAUAAAGAGUUGCCACAUAAUAUGGGAAAGAAGGACAUAAUAAGAGCAAGUGAUUUCAAUUUCCUUAUGGUUUUGGGUAAAGGAUCAUUUGGAAAGGUGAUGCUGGCUGAAAGAAAAGGCACCGACGAGCUGUACGCCAUAAAGAUUCUAAAAAAAGACAUCAUCAUUCAAGACGAUGAUGUGGAGUGUACAAUGGUUGAAAAGCGCGUAUUGGCACUUUCAAGUAAACCGCCAUUCCUUGUGCAGCUUCACUCCUGUUUUCAGACAAUGGAUCGUUUGUAUUUCGUCAUGGAGUACGUAAAUGGUGGAGAUUUAAUGUUUCAGAUACAACAGUGUGGGAAGUUCAAAGAACCAGUCGCUGUAUUCUAUUCUGCGGAAAUAGCAAUAGGAUUAUUUUACCUUCAUUCUCGCGGUAUUAUCUACCGAGAUUUAAAACUCGACAAUGUACUCUUGGAUCAAGAUGGCCAUAUCAAAAUAGCUGAUUUUGGAAUGUGUAAAGAAGGUAUCAACGGUGAAAAAACUACUAAAACUUUUUGCGGAACACCUGACUACAUCGCACCUGAGAUCAUCCUAUAUCAACCAUAUGGCAAAUCAGUCGAUUGGUGGGCUUAUGGUGUACUCUUGUAUGAAAUGCUAAUUGGUCAACCACCGUUUGAUGGAGAAGACGAAGAGGAAUUAUUCGCUGCAAUUACAGAUCAUAAUGUCAGUUAUCCAAAAGGGUUAUCAAAAGAAGCAAAGGAUGUUUGUAAAGGAUUCUUAACAAAAUUCCCUAACAAAAGAUUGGGUUGUGGUCCAAAAGGAGAGGAAGACGUACGCAUUCAUGCAUUUUUUAGGCGAAUCGAUUGGGAGAAAAUUGAAAAUAGGGAAGUGCAACCUCCCUUCAAACCGAAAAUAAAACAUCGCAAAGAUGUCAGCAAUUUCGACAAACAGUUUACAUCAGAGAAAACGGAUUUAACACCGACAGACAAGCUCUUCAUGAUGAAUUUGGACCAAACCGAAUUCACCGGUUUCUCAUAUCUCAAUCCUGAAUUUGUCAUACACGUUUAAUUGUUUGACAUCACUCUAUACAACACAAAUUUAUAUGUAAUUCGGUCAUUUUUCAUGUUCGUGAAAAAUCCCGCGAUUAUAAAAAAAUUGAAGCGAUGAAGAAUAUUACUUGAUUAGGAUGUGGAUGCUACACAUAUCUAUAUAAUGACAAACAAUAAUUUUAAGAUGUAACUUAUACUUAGUUUAGAGACAUUUCUGCCGUAGGAAACAUUUUAAGUCCUGAUUAUGCUUAUUUUUUAAUAUAAUUAUAUUGGUGCUACAAAUAUAUAAUAUACCGUUAUUUUAUUAACAUAAUAAAAUUUAUCUUAAUGAAAUAUGGAAAUUAUGAAUCGUUUAACAUUGAAUGAAUCAUUGUUUUAAACAUCUUAUGAGUAUGUUAAUUGCAUUAACAUCAGCCAUUAAUUAAUAUAAUUAAUUAUUAAAAGCCUACAAAAACAAAUUAAAUUUUAGUCUGAAACACCGAACAGUCAAACGUUAAAACGAGACUUAUAUACAUGAGGCUAUAUUGCACUUAGCCCAGUCUGGCUAUGCAAAAAUCAUCGGUUUCACGGCAAAAUUUUUCACAGAUAUCUGAAGCUUUUAAGAUAUAGGUGGGGGUUACUAGAUGACGAAUAAAUCGAAAACUACUCGUAUUUUUACCUUGCGUUUUUUUAAAUAAUAGUUUAUGGGCACAAUUUGAUUUUUUGUCUAUAAGUUUUUUCUAUUAUAUUUUACGUAAACAAUAUUUACAGUAGUCUCUCUUUAUAACGAUUCCCUAUUAUAACGAUAAUUGUUCUAUAACGAUGAAAAUAGUAAAUGUUGGUUGGUUCAUCAUAGGGACAAUAUAUUAAUUCUUUCUCUAUGCCGAUAUGGUUCUCUCUUUAUAGCGAUGACUUUUCAGCGUUCAAUAGUCGAUGACAAAUGUGUUAUUGUGUUUAAAUUUCAGACUAUCUAAGUCACGAGUGGAAAGGUCAUUGUCCAAGCGGUUGUUUUGUUUUGCGGUUAAGAAAUGCGGCCACAAUUCUACUCAUUCUUAUCAGAGGGUUAAGUGACUCGCUUUUAUUGUUCGGGCGGAGUACCUAACUAUUAUCACAUAGGUGUUGUCAUCUAUUGACGACUUUUCAUUUCCAGUUUGAGUUGUGUUUCAGUUUGUCCAUAGUCAACAUGUUUUCGAAAAAGCGUAAAGUACUCUCGGUACAGGAGGGCGGUAGCAGGAAGAAGUUGCGGAAACCUCAGCACGAAGAUUUAGAUCGCGCUAUGCUUCAGUGAUUUUAGCAGCAGCAUAUGAACCAUAUUCCACUUUCUGGGCCUAUGAUCUGAACAAAAGCUGAUUUUUUUGCAACUGAGCUUGAAAUUAUGAAUUUCAAGGCAUCUGAAGAUUGGCCGACCAAGCAGAAGGAUGCGACACGAGAAAAUCAGCGGAGAGACUCGCGAUGAAAAGAAAAACGUAACGGAUGAUUCACUAGAAAACGUGUGGCCUGGCUGAAGGCACUAUAUGCGUCAGACGACAUUUUCAAUGCUGAUGAGAUUGGAUUAAUUUUUAAAUGACACCAAACAGAACUUUAAAAUUUAAAUCGAAAAAUGCAUUGGUGGAAAGCACUCUAAGGAAAUCAUUACAGUUUUAGUGUCCGCUAACAUGACAGGUUUGGUGGAACGAAAAUUGUUAGUGAUAGGGAUGUCGAAAAACCCACGUUGCUUUAAAAACAUAAAAAAUCUACGGGUGACCUAUAAAGCAAAUAAGAGUGCGUCGAUGACAAAAAUUUCUGAAGAAGCAAUAAGAAAGUUAGAUAUCGAGCUUAAAGGGAAAAAAUCUUCUUCUUGUAGACAAGUUUUUUAUUCAUCGUAUACUGUAAGGCCUUCAAGACAUUGACCCUUGUUUUCUACCAGCAAACACAACGAGUGUCCUUCAGCCCUAGGACUAAAGUGUCAUCACGAGCUUAAAAAGCCAUUAAGGAAAAGAGUUUUAAUGGAAUUGGUUGAGAACAAUAGCGAUCUUAAACUAAACAUUCUUGACGCCAUCCUAAUCAUCAGCAAAUCAUGGGAAGAGGUGACGAGCAAUACAAUAAAACAUUCCUUCGAACACGUGGGAUGACUGGAAGAUCAAGGAUUGAUUGAUGAUGAUCACCUAUGGACCAAAAGAGCUAACAGAUUUUAAAGAAAAAAAGAAGUUGAUGAAAAUUUAGCUACAAUAUAUGGACUUUUUUACAAGGACAUCCUACAUGCAGUUCAUGUAGAAGAAGAAGAAAACAGUGACCCGGAAGUAGAAGCAGAGCCAGAACCAGCUCCGACUCCUCAGUAGGCAUUGAAUGCGGCAAAAGUACUGCAUGGAUUCUUCAUCUACCAGGAAGACGAUAUGAGUGCUGUGGAAGAUUCUAUGCGUCUUCAGGACAAGGUCAGGUCAGUUCUGCUGAAAGGGAAAAGGAAACAGACCAAGGUAACAGACUUUUUUGGUAAUGGGUAAUCUUCUCCUUCUUUAAGUUUCAUCUUCUAUCGAAGGUUGGAAAUCAUGAUGGCUAUGCGGACUCUGUUGACUGCCGCUCUAAAUAGUUCUGCACUACUGCAUUCAAACCAUUCCCUUAAGUUCUUAAGCCAGGAUAUUCUUCGUCUUCCCACAUUUCGCUUUCCUCGGAUUGGUUCUUAUUACUCAUUAUUCUCGAAUAAUGGGUAAUAGAGGCAUAUUAUUUUGUUAUUGUACAGUAUAUUUUGUUAGUAUUAUAUAUAGCUUAUAGACAAGAAAAAAACAUAGACAAAAAAUCAAAUUGUGACCAUAAAUUAUUAUUUAAAAAAACGCUAGGUAAAAAUGAGAGUACUUUUUUAUCUAUUCGUCAUCUAGUAACCUCCACAUAUGUCUAAAAAGCUACAGAUAUCUGCGAAAAAAUUUUCGACCUUUUUUUAACCAGACUGAGUUAACUAGUCCUUUAAAUUAAAUAUCCCUGUAAAGAUCAACAUAAAAAAACUAUAAACAUGAUUGGAAAACUGCUCUUGAAGGAGACUAUUGUUUUAUUUUAAUAUUAUAAUAUAUUAUAUACAAGGUUUUUUCAUGCAACUAGAACUUGUUAAAGAGAUAAGCAGACUCAUUAAACAUGUGCAUCAAUAGAACCUUAAUUGAUUUAAACCUCUUUAGUAGGUAUUUACUCUAACUUUGAAUUUGUCUCAGAUAAGAGUAUAAUUAUUGAUAUGUUAUUAAAUAAGAAUUUGAUAUAUAAAAACGUUAAUAUGUAAAAUAAAAUUCAUAUUUUAAUAUUUAUUUGUUUAAGCAUAAUAUCAAAAACAGGACUUAAAUGUUGUGACUUAUGGCGCCGUUCAGUGUUCUUACUGAGUUACUGUGCCAAGCUUCUGCUAUGCUAAGCCAAAAAUGACAUUCCAACAUUUUUUUGUGUUCUUUACAUAAAAUAUAAGCAUUAAAAGAUUAGGUAAAGCAAUAAAAACAUUCCGUAGUAUUAGUUUUAGUCAUUGGCUGAAUUGCAUCAUAAAUUUGCUUGUAAUUCUUGCUAGGCCGGUACUUCUGUAAAACUAAAGACAUUUGGUGGCAUACUACUAUUCGAAUGGACUUAUAGAAUUAUAAAGUUUAGAUUUUAUUUAACUGAACAGCAGUGUUAUUUAAUGAUUUUUAUUUAACGACAAAACUUAUGGAUUUCUAAUAUGCUACAUGAAUUAAUUUCUUUUAGCUGUAUUAUUCUUAAGUACUUUGUUUCUGUGUUACUGAAUUUUAACAAAUAAAUUAAAGUUUGGCUUAACGUAUUAUAAAGCUUUAGUUUUUUUUUGCAAAACUAAAGCGUAUGGGUAGACCGGGGGAAUCCCGACAUAGGGAGCAAUACCAACACAGUGGGUUUUGGUUUUCUUUUUAGUUGAACACGUCACUGUAUAGUGCUGCUGCUUAGCGACUGAGAUCACAGUUAGAGCUCAGUUAGUUUCUGUCAUCCAAGCAAACUAUUUAUUUUAUUCUGAAUUGAUAUGUGUUUUAUUAGUUUUUGAUCUAAUUAUUGACUUCUCUACAAAUGAAAACUCUAUAACAAAUAAAAUUAUUAUAAAAACAUUUAAGUAAAUAGAAAGUGCAAAUUAUAAAGAUAAUUUUAGUACAGUUCAUAUUACAUUUUAACAAUCAGUUAGGUCUGUAGAAUGGUGUAACCACCAUCUUGUCCUACAGGGGACAAUGCCGUCACACCAAUGGGGGAAAAUAUCGACAGGUGUCGGUAUUAUUUGAUAUAGAUAUUAUAACAGUUAUUUAAUACCAAAGACGUUGCUUUUGAUAUGUUUUAGAUGGCGAUAUUGAGAAAAAGAACAACGGAAAGAGGCAAAUGGAACGAGGAGUCACUAAAAAGGGCAUUUGAAUUGGUUCAAAGUGGACGAUCUGUAAAAAGUGUUGCCGCUGAAUUGAAUCUUCCAAGAAUUACGCUUCACGACUGUCUCAAAUCUAAUUCUACCGAAAAACCAGCCUUGGGAAGGAAAUCGCACUUUUCAGCAGAACAAGAAGCUAUAUUAGCUGAUCACAUCAAACAACUAUCAAACCAGUUUUAUGGCAUCACUUUGACAGACUUACGGAGACUUGCGUAUGAUCUUGCUGAAAAGUUAAAAAUAAAACAUAAUUUUAUUAAAGUUAUCAAAAUGGCUGGGGAGUACUGGGUUUUCGAAUUUCGUAAGAGGAAUGCUACUUUAGGCCUAAGACAUCCCUCAGCAACAAGUCUGAACCAAGUUAUUGCCUUUAACAAAUCUGAAGUGGAUUUAUUUUGUUUUCCAAUUUGGAAGCAGUUGACCAGAAAUAUCCUUUUAAAUCCACUAGAAUAUUUAGUGGAUGAAACCGUUAUAUUUACGAUCCAAAAACCUGGAAUGUAAAAGUUUUAGCUACUAAGAGCUAACAUCAGGUGGGCUCUGUCACAAGUUGGGAAAUUGGCAGAACCAUUACGAGUGUCUGCACUUUGAGUGCUUCAGGUGCAUACAUACCACCCAUGUUUAUAUAUCCUAGGCAAAGAAUGUCACCUCAGUUAGAAUGCUCCCAUAAUGCCUGGUUAAAUGAAGACAUAUUCACGGAGUGGCUCACACAUUUUACAGACAAUGUAAAACCAUCAAAGGAAGAUCAUGGACAAACACGGCAGUCACAUCUCUCUACAUUACAUAAACUACAGCCUUUGUAUUUGUCGUUUUAUGGCCCCCUGAAGAAAGCAUUUUACAUACAAUGUGACAGGUUCUUGAGGAAAAACCAAUUCCAGAAGAUUUCUAUGUAUGACAUAACAUCUAAAUUAAAGAAGCUUACUUGAAAGUCGCAACGAUGGAUAAAGGAGUUUCAGAGUUUAGUGCUUCAGAGAUCUUACCAUACAGCCCUAAAAAAUUCACUGAUAUAGACUUUGUCACUGAUCAAGAUACUCAAACUCCAAUCAUCGUUGACUUUGAAACUGUUUAUAAACCAGCACUUGGUGCAGCUCUUCAUGAACACAAUCAUAAUGUCACUGGAAAGCUCUAACAAGACUUGUGUUAAAACUUGAGAUUCAGUGUCAGAUUUUAAAACAUAAUCCAAAGGAUACAGUACAGAUAUUUGGAACCAAGAAAAUAACCAGUUUAUAUUUAAGCGGGAUUCAUGAGAAGCCAUUACCUGAUUGUUAGAAAACGAAUGUUGUACCAAAUAUUGUCCAAAAUUCUCUGAGAAUCUUUCUCCUUUCAAAGAUAUUUUGAAAUCAGUAUCACCUGUUCCAAAAUAAUUUAAUGAUAAUAAAUCAAAUCCAAAAAAUUCCAGCAAACAAUUAAUUAUGAAUGGCACCCCUAUGAAAACGGUUUUUAGAAGACAC